ACCAACCAAGAGAUUAAAAGCCAAAUAAUAGAUAUGUCGGUUCCGUCAGUUGCAACUUCAAUCAUAAUCAAAAAUUGUCCUCACACAGAUGCAAAUUGUGAUUUCGAUCAAACUGACUCCACAUUUGAUAUCAAACAAUUUCCAAUCCCUGAUGAAUUACCACAAAAUACAUGCCUUGUUAAAACCUUAUUGUUAUCAAACGAUCCACAUCAGCGUCUUCUGAUUCAUAAGAACCAGGAUGCUUCUCGUAGCUUUGCUGCUCCACUAGUGCCUGGAGAUAUCAUGACAUCAUUGGGAAUUGUUGAAAUUGUUAAGUCCAAUUCAGCAAAAUAUUCUUCAGGUCAAGUUGUUCUUGGAUUAACUCGUUGGGCCGAUUAUGCGGUUUUAUCGGACUGCGACCUCCAUCAGUCAAUUAACGUACCGUUUGAAUACCCAUUGGAAUACUACUUGUCAAUAUUUGGUAUCACUGGGUUGUCAGCUUAUUUUGGUUUAGUCGAUGUGGGGAAAGUUGGCAGAGAUUCUGUUGUUUGUGUUUCUGCUGCAUCUGGGGCAACAGGUUCGAUGGCAAUUCAAAUUGCAAAAAAUGUACUUGGUGCAUCCAAAGUAAUCGGAAUUUCAGGGUCAGAUUCAAAAUGUAAAUUUGUAGAAGAACUUGGUGCCGAUAUUUGUUUCAAUUAUCAUGAUGAUGAUUGGAAAUUAAAGUUUGGCCAAUAUCUAGGUGACCAGUUUGUUGAUGUGUUUUUUGAUUGUGUUGGAGGGGAUAUUUUAGGGUUCCUUUUAACCAAGAUUAAGAAAGGAGGAAGAGUUGCUGCAUGCGGCUCAAUUACAGGGUUUAAUGACAGGAGUACUGGGAAAAUCAGCAAUUGGAAUGAAGUGAUUACCAAUACGAUUACGUUGCAAGGUUUUCUUAUCUUUGAUUACCAGGACAGAUUUCUUGAAGGAGCUACUGUUCUUGUUGAAGCAGUGAAAUCCGGAAAAAUCAAGGCUUCUGAAGCGUUUCAUGUCGAGACAUUAACAGGAGACGAUCCAAUUGAGAGAAUGAAACAAAUACCCAAUAUUUGGAAGUUGUUAUUUACUGACUAUAAACCAAAUGGAAAAUUGAUCACAAAGGUUGCAUGAUCAAGAUGUCAUUUCUCUAUUGUCUGCUUGAACUAAUUCAUGUUUUAGCGAAGAACAUAUCCCAGUUAAUAAAUGUUUGACUAAUGUCCAUAGGUUUGUAACUUGUUUCAUCUUUUUCGCAGCAAUAUAUGUCGCAGUUUUUUCGU